AUGGCAGGAGCCGGAGCGGCAAUCAGCCUGAGCAAAGCAGACUAUUUGAAACGUUAUCUAUCUGAUGCUACUGACGAGAAAAAGAAGAGAAAGAAAAAGAAACCCAAAUCAGCUGCAAUAGCUCCUCGUUCCAGGAUUGUUGAUGAUGAUAUUGACUUUAAGACAACACUGCCAGGGAAUUUAGAAAAUACGCUGGACGAGGAUGUUGGUGAUGAUGACCCAACAGUUGCUGAGAUUAUAGAUGAACGCCCUGAUCAUGUGAAACGACUCGAGUCCUACAGGGACUCAGAAGGCAAAUGGAGACUAAUGAACAGGACAGAAAAUGAAAGCAAAACUGAGCAGUCAUUGCAAAGAAGAAGCAGACACGAUUCUGAUUCUGACCAAUCACCUCUGAGGACUCACAAAAGAAAUGACUCCAAUUCUGACCAAUCCCCACCAAGGAGAAAAAAGAGAAAUGACUCAGAUUCUGACCAAUCACCUCCAAGAAGAAAAAAGAGAAAUGAUUCAGAUUCUGACCAGUCGCCACCAAGGAGAAAAAAGAGAAAUGACUCAGAUUCUGACCAAUCACCUCCAAGGAGAAAAAAGAGAAAUGACUCAGAUUCUGACCAAUCACCUCCAAGGAGAAAAAAGAGAAAUGACUCAGAUUCUGACCAAUCACCACCAAGAAGAAAAAAGAGAAAUGGCUCAGAUUCUGACCAAUCACCUCCAAGGAGAAAAAAGAGAAAUGGCUCAGAUUCUGACCAAUCACCUCCAAGGAGAAAAAAGAGAAAUGACUCAGAUUCUGACCAAUCACCUCCAAGGAGAAAAAAGAGAAAUGACUCAGAUUCUGACCAAUCACCACCAAGAAGAAAUUGUUCAAGCAAGGGAGAUAAUGUAGGAAUACAAAAACAAAACUCUGAUGACAAAAUGAAAAGAACUUUAUCUGGAAAGGUAGCUGGUUUAUCUAGUGCUGCAGACAUGAAAAAAGAGUCGGUGAAAAUGAAAGCCAAGGAAGAGGCUGCAUUUAAAAAGAUUGGUACAGAGCUGUUGGGAAAAGACGCAGCCACUGUAUUUCGGGACAAGAAGAGUGGAAGGCGGAGGAAUUUGGCACAAGAGGAAGAAGAGACAGCGGAGGAGAGGGCUUUAAAAGCAGUCAAGGAUGCCAAGUAUCAGGACUGGGGCAAAGGUUUAAAACAAAAGGAAGUGAAGGAAUCUAUGAUGAUGGAUCAGUUACAUGAAAUAAGCAAACCACUAGCUCGUUACCGUGACGAUGCUGACCUUGACAGUAUGCUGCGAGAACAAGAUAGAGAAGGAGACCCGAUGUUGGCAUUUAUAAAAAAGAAAAAACAGAAAGGAGGUGCUAAGGUUAAAGAGUUACCAAGAUACAAGGGACCAGCUGGUCCACCAAACAGAUAUGGAAUCCAACCGGGGUACCGAUGGGAUGGCGUUAAUAGAUCUAAUGGAUUUGAAGCACAGCUUUUUGCGAAAAUGUCAGACAGGAAGGCAGUAGCUAACCAGGCUUAUAAAUGGAGUGUGGAGGAUAUGUAGGACUUCAUGUCCCAGGGAAGAUAGACUCUUCACAUGGACAAAGGCAAUCAUCUUCAGUUAAAAAGGAGCAUAUGUUACUGUGGAUUUCAGUAUCCUAGAUGAGUUAUAUUCACUGAUACAAGGAAGGCACUCAUCUUGCUUGACAUGGGUUCUGGGGGAGAUAUGUAAGUCCUCAAGUCUUAAGUUAAAGGAAGACUCUACAAGUGGAUGUAGGCAGUCAUGUUCAUUGACUUACCUAACUGCAGUGUCAAGGAUAUGUAAGUCUUUGUGUCCUAAGGGUAGGAACAUUUCUUGUAGGUGGUCAUGUUUAGCUACAGAACUUUCAAUCAAUAGGCACUGGAUGUAGACAGCAACCUCUUAAAACAGUCAUAUGAUAAAGUUUUAGUUGUUCUUGUGGUUGUUGGAUAUAGAAACUUGUAAGCAACAGAUUCCUAUUUUACAUUUGAGAGAAAUAUGCCAUGCCAGUUAGACUUUUAAUUUUGUGAUAAACUGCAAGCAAUCCUCUUCAUCUGUAACUCAACCAGACAUGAAUUUGAAUCCUUCAUGCAUGCAGCUGUCGUACCUUAAGAUACAAAUACAAAUUGUUAGUCCACCAUCAUUAGAUGGUGGGUUGCUCAUACCAAACUUUGUCUGUGAUCUGUCCAUCUGUCCUAAAACUUUUCUUGUAAUUUGAUUUUUCUUUAGAAGCACUAGAUGGAUACUAUUCAAUUUUCAUACAUAGGUUUCCCUGUGUCACUUG